GUUGUUGGAACAUAGCCAAAACACUUGAAAAGAAGAUACAAGUGAAGAGAAACUUUUCCACUGAAUUAUCAGCAUACAACUAUAUAAAGUCUUGUGCUUGGAAAUACUCUUGAACUUGAUCUAGUAGAGAGCCAGAGAAGAUGAUGACAGGGAAAACUUGGAGAAGCAUGGGCUCUCUGGUUGCAAGCUUAAUGUUCGUUGGGGGAAUGAUUCAUCAAUACAGUCCUUAUUUCCGCCACUUACUCAAGAGAUGCAUUAAGAAAAUAGAUUCAGGUUGUUAUCCUUAUAUCGAAAUCACAUUCAAUGAGCAUUCUUCAGGCCAACUUUCUGAGAAUUGCAAUGCUUUUGUUGCGAUUCAGCACUAUCUGGAGGCAAAUUCUUUGCACACUGUCAAGAGGUUGAAGGCUGAUUCGAUAACCAGAGGUCAAAUUCUUGUCCUCAGCAUGGAUGAUAAUGAAGAGAUAACUGAUGAAUAUCAUGGGAUUAAACUGUGGUGGAGUUCUAAGACAAAAGAAGUGCCAAUUUCACGGUCACAUCACAAACAAAGGUGUUACACUCUUGUUUUUCAUAGCAGGUACCGCGAUUUGAUCAUCAAUUCUUACAUGCAACAUGUAAUUGCUGAAGGGAAAGCUAUUGCUUUAAGAAAUCGCCAAAGAAAGCUUUACACAAACAAAAGGCAGACACCAAGCCCUGCAAGGUGGAUUUCUGCUGUUUUUGAGCAUCCAGCUACAUUUGAGACUCUUGCAUUGAAGCCGGAUACAAAGAAGGACAUCAUGGAUGAUUUGAUCACUUUCAGCAAGGCUAAAGAUUAUUACAUGAAAAUAGGCAAGGCUUGGAAAAGAGGAUAUCUCCUUUAUGGUCCUCCAGGAACUGGAAAAUCUACCAUGAUUGCUGCAAUGGCCAAUUAUUUGGGUAUUAAGUCUCAUGAACUGUUUGGAAGAGUUGAGAAGUUGUUGGGAGAAACUAAUACAAGUCCAGCUGAUGUUGCGGAGAAUUUGAUGCCUACAUCAGCUGAUGAUGAUGGUGAGACUUGCUUAAAAUGUUUGAUAAGUGUUCUAGAGGAUGUGAAAGAAGCGGCCAUGUCAAGGGCCAAAGAUGAAACAAAUGGAAGAGUCAUUGCCAGUAGCAGCCAAGGAUGAUAACUUUAUAAGAUAGUGAAUGAAAUGUGCAAGUAACUAACUAUCUAGUUUGUUUAAAUUGUUAUAGUUAUUAUUUCCUUUAAGUUCUUUCCAGGCUGUUCAAAAAUUAAAACCUUUCAUGAUCAUAUAUAUAU